GAAAAAGGUGAAAUAAUCGUGAAAUUUGAUAGCUUCUGGGUCCAAGGUUCUUGCAGGCUUUUUCUACGCAAUAAAGAGUACGCAACAAACAGGGAGGAGAGAUUGAGAUUCUUGCUUUCUGUUUGCAAAGAUCUGUGUGGAUAGAUGGGGAGGUUGUUUGUUGUUUAUCUUGAAGGGAGGAUCUAUAGCUGCAAGCACUGCAAAACCCAUCUCGCCCUGUAUGAUGACAUCAUCUCCAAGGGAUUCCAAUGCAGGCAUGGGAAAGCUUAUCUCUUCAAUAAGGUAGUGAAUGUAACUGUUGGAGAGAAAGAGGAUAGAAUGAUGAUAACUGGGAUGCAUACUGUGGCUGAUAUCUUCUGUGUUUGUUGUGGAUCAAUAGUGGGGUGGAAAUAUGAGACUGCCCAUGAGAAGAGCCAGAAGUACAAGGAAGGAAGAUCUGUCCUUGAACGGUUUAAGUUGUCUGGUCCUGAUGGAAGCAACUACUGGAGCCAAGAACCUCAUGUUGGUAGCAGUGAUGCAGAUGAUGUUUGAUUAUCCUUGAAUUCCAACCAAUUCCAAUUGUACAUUCUCCAACUUCCAAAUGCUCUAAUUCACAACUCAUGUGAAUCCUCAACACCAAUCGUCCCUCAUUUGACCUGAUUGGAAACAUUGAUAAAUUGUUCAUUCUGACUCAGUUUAUGGACAAACUUGAUUGAAUAAUGUGUUUCAUUCAGAAUGCUAGCUUUUGCGUUCCCUUUUAAUUGAUCUGGUUUACAAUCUGAAAGCUGCAUCCUUCCCUAAUAGUUUGAAAUGGAAACUUUUAUCAAGUUUCCAGUUCUGCUGAUUGCUGCAUUGUAUUGGCUUAUUAAAACAACUUUUAUUUA